AUGACCUUUUUCCUCAGGAAAAAAACAGAGGAACCAAAUGAAUCCAGCCGAUUACUAACCAAGGGAGAUGCUGAAUCCCAGAAGGCUACAUUUGGUGCCCUGCAUAAUCGUAUUCAAAAUGGAAAGGCUGCCAUAGACCUUGCUGAGGCAGUUUCACCCAAAAGAGGUCUACUAUCCAGUCCUGAUGUCCUUAUAUCUUUCAUCAAGUAUUUUAUGUUCUUCUACAACUUUGUCUUCUCGGUCCUGGGCUUGGCUGUCUUUGGCAUUGGUGUCUGGGGGCUUGUAGAUAAGCAGUCACUGAUGCCUGAACAGAUCAGUAACCUAGGCACAGAUCCUAUGCUCUUCUUUGUUCUUAUGGGAUUGGUUGUUAGUGUGCUAUCCAUGUCAGGGUGUGCUGGUUUCCUGAGAGAGAAUUCCUGCCUCCUUAAAUUGUUUUCUGCAGGAAUCGGCACCCUGCUUAUCACACAACUGCUAUCUGCAGCCAUCAUCUUCUCCUUCAGAGAACAGAUUAGAAAUUCUGCUCAGAACUUCUUGCUAGUAGCUGUGAGCAGAUACCAAGAUGAUUCUGACCUGAGGUUUAUUAUGGAUGAACUUCAGCUAGGAAUGGAGUGCUGUGGAGUUCAGUCAUACCAGGACUGGGAAUUUAAUCUGUAUUUCAAUUGCAGCUCCCCAGGAGUUCUUGCCUGUGGGGUUCCAUACUCCUGCUGUAUCGACCCACUAGAAAAUGGCACUGUGCCAAAUUCUCAGUGUGGGUAUGGAGUCCUAGAGAUGGGAGAGAUCCUGGCAGGAAGCCGAAUCUACCUUGGAGGAUGUGUACCUCAACUGUCUCUCUGGCUACAACAUGGGAUGUGGGAUAUUACUACAGGAUUGCUUUUGGUUACCACUGUUGAGGUUAUCUGUAUUCUGUGUGCCAGGAGGAUGCUGGAAAAUAUCAAGAUGAUUAAAUCCUACUGGUAG